AUGUCUAGAGGAAAACAAAUUCUAAAUAUGCUAAAUGCCGAUGAUGAACAAGAGAAUGUUCGUAUAUAUUGUUCAGAUAAGGAAACUGUAUUAGAAAAUUGCAAUAAAAGAUGUACAAAUGCUGACGAUUACUUGGAAGGGAUUAUACCAAUGCAGAAAACCUUUCCUUCUGAGCAACAUGCCCGAGAUGAGUCUGAGAUGUCCUACGCCAGUAGCGUUGCUGCAUCACUUCCAGAUGAAAUUCAGGAUCUAUUAGAUUUUUCAUCAGAUGAUAGUAUUGCAGAUCCAAAUUUUGUCCCUGCGCAGGAUGAAAAAUAUGAUAGCUUUGCCGCGGACAGCGAUAUAGUAGAAAGAAAAAAAAGAAGAGCCAAUUCAGAAGAAGAUAUAAAUAAUACUGCAGUAGACAAAUAUAACUUAGACGGGCAAGUCCACGAGAAAGUUAAAAAACGCACGAACAAAGAAACGAGAAAAAUGAGACAAGAGAGACGAGAAAAACGAAAUUUUGGUAAGGCGUAUGUUACAAGAACUGGAAAAGAGAUUAAAGAAAAAACUAUGCAAGAACUGAAAUUAUGUAGAAAUAAGUGCAAGGAAAAAAUAAAGGACGAAGUUCGCUUGCAACUUUUUAAAGAAUUCUGGGAAAUGGGAAGCUACAAUCGUAGGUUAGAAUAUAUAGCUGCUCUCAUGGAUGUUAAAGAGAAGAGUUCUAUGCGAAUUAGGUGUUCUGACCCAAGCAAACAACGGUACCGACAGCAUACCAUAAUUUAUCAUUUCCCUCUUCAUGGCGUUCGUUCUGUUGCUUGCAAGGACUGUUUUAUGAAAACUUAUAAUAUUAGUAAGAAAUUCAUAGAAGUUAUAGUAGCGAAAAAAUGUUCUCAAAUAUCAGGCGUAAUGACAUUAGACCAACGAGGAUAUCAUGAAAAUCGGAAGAAGGUAUCAGAUGAUGAAAAAAUAAGGGCAAGGGAUCACAUUUUAUCUAUCCCCUUAUAUGAAAGUCACUAUACAAGAAGGCAGUCAUCGAGGAAAUAUUUACCUUCAAACUACACACUCACUGCUAUUUAUGAAGCUUACAAGAAGAUUUACCCAGAUAAUUUUAUUAAUCGUAAAAUGUACGAAAACAUAUUUCACAGCCUUAACAUCACUAUAAAGAAACCUAAGAAAGACACAUGCGGUAAAUGUGACAAAUUAAAAAUGAAAAUUACUAUGUGCAAGAAUGAGGAUGAAAUAAAACUACUAAAAGAAGAGUUAAACGAACACCAUUUACAAGCUGAUCAAGGAUAUAAAAACAAAGAAGACGAUACAUUUCUGACUAAGGAUAAUGCUAAAAUGAAAACUAUUACUUUUGAUCUCCAGCAAUGCCUGCCAACACCAGACCUCCACAGUGGUGAGUCGUUUUACAAGAGGCAAUUGUGGACAUUUAAUCUUUUACAACAGUUCACGACUGUGAUAACUCACAAGCCCACUGCUAUUUAUGGCAUGAAUCUUUAGCAAAACGGGGCGGAAAUG